AUGGCUUCCACCAAUGACUCCAUCCUCAUACAAAACUCCCCGGAUCCUCAACAUCCUCUCCUUUCAAUCAAUCUCUCAAAUAUCACCAAAUUAUCCUCCACAAACUAUCUCACAUGGAGCCUUCAAAUCCAAUCUCUUCUUGAAGGUUAUGAUCUUCAUCAUUUUAUUGAUGGCACUCAACCUCCACCACCGCCCAUUGUCACUAUCAAUGAUAUCUCUUCCCCUAAUCCAGCCUCCACAACCUGGAAGCAUCAGGAUCGAAUCAUAUUUAGUGCUCUCCUUGGUGCCAUCGCUAUUUCUCUACAACCACUUAUUGCCCGCACCACCACCUCCCUUGAUACUUGGCAAACCUUAGCUACCACUUAUGCCAAACCGUCUCAUGGUCACAUUAAGCAAUUGAAGAAACAAUUACAACGGUGUCACAAGGGCUCAAAAUCAAUUUCUGAAUAUAUACAAAUGAUAAAGAUUCAUGCCGAUAAACUUGCUCUUCUGGGGAAGCCCGUUGAUGAUGAGGAUCUUAUUGAUCGGGUUCUUGAAGGACUUGGUAAUGAAUACAAAUCCAUCAUUGAUGCAGUCAAAGCCCGAGAUACACCAAUUUCUUUUACUGAACUCCAUGAGAAACUUCUCAACAAAGAAGCUUCUCUUCAAACCACCCAAUCCUCUUCUCUAUUUCUACCAGUAACAGCAACUCCCACAGCUUUUCGGAAUCCAAAUGGGCGUUCACCACCCAAUCUUCCACUCCAUCCAUGUCCUAACAAUGCACGUUCUCCUUCUGCUCAACACCACCCUAAGCCUUAUCUGGGUCGUUGUCAAGCAUGUGGUAUUCAAGGAUAUACUGCCAAAGGGUGCCCGAUGUUUCGGCUUGUUACUACUCAACAAAUUUCCACAUCUCGUCCUCAAGGCUCUCUUGGAUUUUGCCCCUCCACAACUUGGCAACCACGUGCCAAUCAUGCUACUCUCAACAACAACACUACUCCUACUUGGCUGCUAGACAAUGGAGCAUCUCACCAUGUUACAUCUGACUUAAGCAAUCUCUCUCUUCAUAGUCCAUAUCAAGGAUCUGAUGAUGUCAUGAUUGGUGAUGGAUCAGCUCUCCACAUCAUUCAUACUGAUUCUACCACCAUACCCACUUCCUCUUGCUCCUUUACCUUACAAAAUGUCCUUUGUGUUCCCUCCAUGCAAAAGAACUUAAUUUCAAUUUAUCAAUUUUGCACUACUAACAAUGUUUCUGUUGAAUUUUCACCGUCUUCCUUUCAGGUGAAGGAUCUAAACACGGGGGCAAUCCUUUUGAUGGGUGAACCUAAGGAUGGCAUAUAUGAGUGGCCGUCUUCAUUCUCUUCCAUUUCCUCUCCACCGUUGCUUGCCUUUUCCAGUGUCAAGACCACUUCGUCCGAGUGGCACUCUCCACUUGGUCAUCCAUCACUUCCUAUUAUGAAAAAUAUUCUUUCUAAGUUCUUACCAUUGUCUAGUCCAUUAUCCUCCUCCACAAAUUGUAAUGCCUGUUCAUGUAAUAAAAGUCACAAAAUUCCAUUUUCUUCUUCUACUUUAAUCUCAUCUCAUCCUCUUGAACUUCUAUUUUCUGAUGUAUGGACCUCUCCUAUUUCUUCUGUUGAUGGUUUUAAGUACUAUGUUAUUUUUGUUGAUCAUUAUACAUGGUAUAUUUGGUAUUAUCCACUCAAAUGAAAGUCCCAUGUGUAUGAUGUCUUUGUGCACUUCAAAGCAUUAGUUGAAAACCAAUUUAAACAUUAGAUUGUUAACCUCUAUUCGGAUAAUGGUGGUGAAUUUCAAGUCCUUGAUAGUUUUCUCUCCACCAAUGGAAUAUCUCAUCUUACUACACCACCUCAUACACCCGAUCACAAUGGUCUUUCUGAACGCCGUCAUCGCUAUAUUGUUGAAACUGGUCUCUCUCUUCUCACUCAUGCAUCUAUGCCUAUAUCUCGUUGGACUUAUGCCUUUGCCAUUCCGGUAUACCUCAUCAACCGCAUACCCACUCCCACACUACACCUUUCCUCUCCGUUUGAAAAACUCUUUGCGUGCCCACCCAAUUACACCAAACUUCGGGUGUUUGGUUGUUUAUGUUAUCCGUGGCUUUGUCCUUAUUCUCAACACAAGCUUGACUCUCGAUCCACUCCUUGUGUCUUUCUUGGUUACUUUUCCACCCAAAGUGCCUAUAUCUGUCUUGAUCUGUCCACUUCUAAAACGUAUGUUUCUUGUCAUGUCAAAUUUCUUGAAACAAUUUUUCCAUUUAUCCAAAUCCUACCCAGUUCACUUGGCUCACUCCAUAUGCCUCCACCAAGGGACCCUUUGUGUCAACAUCCAUCACAGCAUGUUCCACCGACCAACCCACCCUCCUUACCCAUUGACCAUCGACCCUCUUCCCCACAUCUAGAACCCAGUUUGAUCAAUAGCCACGAAACCACAGUUAAUCUUUUUCCACCAUAUCCACAUACUUCUGGAACUUCAUCUUUUCCUGUUUCAAACACAACUCACCCUACCUCUCAAAAUACCCAUCCCAUGACCACUCGACGGAAAAACAACAUUCAAAAACCCUCUACCAAGUUAAAUCUCACUACUGUCCUUUCUAUACCAUCUGAUAUCGAGCCUCAUAAUGUUAACCAAGCUCUUAAAAAUUCAAAAUGGAGACAAGCUAUGAAUGAUGAGUUUGAUGCUCUUGUUCAGAAUGGAACCUGGGAGCUUGUUCCAUCUCAUUCUCAACAAAACCUUGUUGGAUGUAAGUGGGUUUUUCGUAUUAAACAACUUCCUGAUGGUUCUGUUGACAGGUACAAAGCCCGAUUGGUUGCCAAAGGCUUUCAUUAGCGACUUGGAGUGGAUUAUCAUGACACCUUUAGUCUGGUUGUCAAGCCUACCACCAUACGUCUUGUCCUAAGCCUUGUAGUCAGUAAAGGGUGGUCGUUGCAUCAGUUAGAUGUUAAUAAUGCAUUUCUUCAUGGCCAUUUUUCGAAAGAUGUCUACAUGAUUCAACCUCCAGGAUUUGUUGAUAGCGAUCAUCCAACACAUGUCUGCAAAUUAAAGAAGGCUAUAUAUGGACUUAAGCAAGCCCCACGGGCUUGGUACCUUAAACUUCGUCAGUUCCUCAUUGAAUUUGGGUUCACAAACUCUCAUGCAGACACUUCUCUCUUCAUUCUUCACUCAGGUGACAUUACUAUAUAUUUUCUUGUGUAUGUGGAUGACAUUAUUAUCACAGGUACCAACUCCAAUGUUAUUCAGCACUACAUUGACCUUCUGACACAUAGAUUUUCCAUCAAGGAUCUUGGUUCCUUGUCUUAUUUUCUUGGCAUUGAGGAUCUCACCACUUCAUCUGGUCUGCUGCUCACUCAAAGGCGCUAUAUCACUGAUCUUCUUGCUCGGACAAAAAUGUCAGGUGCAAACCCAGUUGCUACACCACUUGUCCCUGAUGGCACUCUCACCUUUCACUCUGGAACCGCUCUGACUGACUACAAAGAAUAUCGAACACUUGUUGGUAGUCUACAAUAUCUUUGCCUUACUCGUCCAAAUAUAGCCUACGCUAUUAAUAAGCUUUCUCAAUUCAUGCAUUGGCCGACAUCUGACCAUUGGAAUGCUGCAAAAUGCCUACUUCGAUAUCUGUGUGGCACAUUGACUCAUGGCUUAUUUCUUCAUAAGGACAAUCCAAUUUCUCUUCAUGUCUUCUCUGAUGCAGAUUGGAAUGGAAACAAAGAUGACUAUACCUCUACAAGUGCCUAUAUUGUCUCUCGUGGUCGCCAUCCUGUUUCGUGGUCAUCCAAGAAACAACACCUCGCUAGAUCUUCCACCGAAGCUGAGUAUCGAUCCGCUGCUGCUACCACUUCAGAGAUCAAUUGGAUUUGUUCCCUUCUUACAGAGCUUAGUGUCACUAAUCUUACACCGCCUACCAUCUUCUGUGAUAAUGUUGGUGCCACCUAUCUCUGUUCUAAUCCAAUCUUUCAUUCCCGUAUGAAACAUGUGGCCAUUGACUAUCACUUUAUUCGGGCUCAAGUUCAAUCUGGUGCUCUUCGUAUUACUCAUGUUUCUUGCACAGAUCAACUUACAGAUGCUCUUACCAAACCGCUUCCACGACAUCGCUUCCAAGACUUAAGGAUCAAGAUUGGCGUCUCCUCUGGAGCUCCAUCUUGA